CAGUUGUGGACUUGAUCUCUCGUAAUGUGGGUUGAGAGUUUCUUCGAAAUUGGUUUACGUUUCGAAUGAGUCCUUUGAAGUGUUGUAUCCAAUUGUGGAAACUUUGAAAUUUUCAUUGGCCUUUUUUCCCACAACAACGUUUUAUUGCGUAGUGAAAGUUAUUAGAACUAGGUAUGGAAAUAGCAUCGACCACGGACUCUGAGGUACCCCCAAUUGAAGUUGCAAAACCCAUAGGAUGUGCUCAUUAUAAGAGAAAGUCGAAAUUUGUGACACCUUGUUGUAACAAAGUUUACACCUGUCGAUUCUGCCAUGACGAGAAAGAAGACCAUACAGUUAAUAGGAAGGAAGUGACUGAGUUGAUAUGCACUCUUUGCGAUGUGAGACAGCCGGUUCAAGCUGAGUGUCAAAAUUGUGGCAUUCGCUUUGGCAAGUAUACGUGCCUCGAGUGCAAUCUGUUCGAUGACGAAGAGAAAAAUCAGUUUCACUGCUCAGGUUGUGGAAUUUGCAGAAUAGGGGGAGCGGAGAAAUUUUUCCAUUGCGAAAAAUGCAAUAUCUGCCUGCCUCUCCAGCUACAAAACGGCCAUAGGUGUGUUGAAAACGUUUCCAGAGGAAACUGUCCAGUUUGCCUUGAAGACAUACACACCUCUAGAAUCCCAAGCCAUAUUCCGAUGUGUGGGCAUCUGCUGCAUAGAACUUGCUUCGAGCAACUUCUGAAGGCUGGCCAUUACGCUUGUCCGAUUUGUCAAACUUCCCUUAUGGACAUGGCUCAACUUUGGAAGUUUCUCGACAACGAGAUCGCUCAUACCCCGAUGCCACCAGAGUACCGAGAUUAUAUAGUGAAAAUUCUCUGUAAGGAUUGUCAUAAGAAAGGUUCCGUGAAAUUUCAUCUGAUUGGUUUUAAAUGUAAACAUUGUGGCUCAUACAAUACAUGCAGAAUUACUGCGCCCACCACUCCUCCAGCAUCUGACACGGAAGGUUAGAUUGAGAAUGCUGGCUUAUUUAUUGAAACUUCGAAUAAAGAAAUAUGUGUGAUUUUAAUUGAGUAAUUAAGUACGAAAAAUUUAAGGUAGCUUUAGAAUGCUGUAUGUCUGAAUGUGACAUCAAUUUAUAGUAUUCCUUCUUUAGCUGAAGACUGAAAAUUUGCUAACAAAGUUUUACAGUAUUUUCUACAACGCUUGUUUAUUGUUAUUAUAAAAGUAUUAUUCCAUCACAUGAGAGAAGUUUGAGAGAGUUACCUUUGAAGCUUGUGAAGUGUUUUGAACAAAUUUUAUUUAUGAUGUAACAAUUUUGCACAGGGCUAUCGAUAUUUUAUUGUUGAAUGAUUUUAAGAGUUGAUUAAUAAAAUUUAAUACAAAGAA